AAGAGAAUUUCUAUAAGAUUUAGUGUAAGGUCACGUGAGAGUUUUAUUGGCGGAUGCUGUUUUUUCAGUCACAUACAGUUAGGGACAUUAUCAGUUUUCAUCGAAAUGGAUGACAAAGAUGUUGCGAUUUCACUUAUACAAUUUAUCAGAUGUGGCCCACAGUACUGGUAAUUUUUCAACUUCAGUUAUUAAUUGUUAAAUCUCCGUAUUAGUAUUACAAAAAAUUAAAAAUAAUAUAUAUAUAUAUAUAUAUAUUACCUUAUACGAGUGAAAAUUAUCUACUAAAUGGUCUAUGUAUAUUAUUUUAUUAGUUAAUUUUUUAAUGUUUUUAUUUAUUGCAAAUAAAUUUAUAAUACCUACUAUUAGAUGGUUAAAUAGAUUUAGUGAAAAUAUGUGUUUUAUUUUAUUUUUGUUAUGCUGAAAAUUCUAGACAGAAUUUGUGAACUGUAUUAUAAUACGUAUAUUUAAAAAAAAAAUAUUGAAAUGACACAUUUGUUUUUUAACACACCUUGAAUUUUGAAUUCAGUGAUAAAUAGUUUGUUAGAAAACUUAGAAAGAAAUAAAAAAUGAACAGGUGUAUGGCAGAAAUACAUUUUGAUAAAACUGAAAUAAUUAAAUAUAAAUAUUAAAACAUAUUACAUUAAAUAUUUACCUUCAGGCCGCAGGAUCUACAGUGUGCAUUAUCUCCAAGUCUGUGACAUAUACAGUGACAUAUAUUUAAUAGAGUAUGAUCUUCUGAAUCUGAUGGAAUUAUUUCUUCAUAGUCUAUUCCAUAGUUAACACUUUGGUCAACGUCCAAGUCUUCCCAAUUAUCAUCAGAAAAAAAACUAAAAUAAAUUUUACUAAAUAACAAUAUUUACAAAAUAAGGUAAUAUAACUUAAUGGUUAGCACCUUUCAGGAGGAUGUUCUGUAGGAAUUAAUUGAAAAAAACAAUCGACUAAAAUUGGAUUACUUUUUAAUAAAGGAAGCAUAACUGAAUGUACUUCUAAUGGAGUAACAUUUUCAUUUUUUGAUAAAUGGAACAAAUUAUCUAAUAUUUUACGAACUUGAGUUUGUUGUUUUUUCAUGCAAACCUAAUUGAAACUAAACGUAAAUUAAACUGAUCAGUAUUUGAAAAGAUAAAAUAUAUACUUGUAAUUUUCUUAUAAAUUCUUUUAUCCUAGUUAACUCUAAAUAAUCCGUAAAUUUGCCAAUUGAUAAUGCUUGUCCUGGUAGUAAAAAUCCUAAAAAUUCAUAUAUCAAAUCUUCAUUUUUAUCAGUAAAAACUUCUUUUAUUUGUUGAUAUAAUAGAUUAAUAUUGCUAUCAUCUGCAUCACCAAAAGAUGCUAAGAGUUUGAUGGCUUGAUCAAAUGAUUCAGAAUCUAACUUUUCUCGUAAUUUUUUCAUAUAUCCUUCAGCAUAAUCUAUGAGAAAAAAAUAAAUUAUAUUAUACAAUAUAAUAAUCCAAUUAAUAAUAGAAUUUUAAUACCUUGAGCAUAUUGCAAGUAUGAUUGGUCAUUUUCUGGAAAAACUGCAGCCAAAGCAGUCUCAUAUUUUUUUUUCUUCUUCAAAGUAUUUAAAUUAGAAAUGUCAUUUUUACGUUUUGGGGUACGAUGAUCUGCCUCAGUUAAAUUCUACACAGUAAAAAUAUAUAAUGUUUAUAGUCAAUUUUAUUAGUUAUUAGAAAAAUAUUUAAUUAUUUAAUUAUUAUUUCAUCUUACCUUUUUAAUACUUAUGUGUUUGAUUGACCUGAAAAAUAAUUUGAAAAGCUAUAUAUGUAUGUAUAGACAAUACAAAUAGUUAAUAAUAGUAAUAAUUAUAACAUAUAAUAUACAUAUUAUAUAAAUAAACCAAGUACUCUUGUUAUAUGAGAUCUAUCAAUAAUUUAUUUUUGGUGAUAAGAAAUUUAAAAAAUAAUAAAUUUGACACACUUUAAAAAUAUAGCAAAAUCAAAAAAAUUAUUUGUAUUUAAGUGAACAGAAUAUAUUUAUCAAUCUUCUAAAACUCAUUCUCAUUUAUUAAUUUUGUAGCACCAUUAAUUUUAAUGUCACAAAUAUUUUGAUCAUAUAGUAGAACGUCAUUAAUCUGGACUGAUUGGAGCUCAGUCCAAAUUGGUCCAAAUUAACGAAAGCCCAGAUUAAAUAAAAUAACGAAACACCAUGUAUUUUAUUUUUUACUUUAAGUUUAUUGGCUUCAACAACUAAAAAAAAUUUUGUAUGUGUUAUAGAAUAUGUAUUUUAAUACAUAUAAUUUAUAAAUAAUAAUCGCGAUAACAUGCAUUUAAGAGAAAUUUGUGGAACUUGUUUUCAAGUUUACUUUGGUCUACGACACAAACUGCGAAUUCUAGUUAACUGGAUUCCGGAUUAAUGAGGUUAUAAGGUAUUUAUAGAUGUCAUCAAAAAAACAGUCUAAAUAUUUUAAAAUACGCUGUAUAUAGAUCAAUUACCAUUCAUAAAUACUAUAACUGUUGCAAAUCACACUUUUAUAUAUAUUGCAUAAAACAAUAGUAGGUAUAAAAAGUAAUUAAUUAACAUGUAACUUACUUCAUAUUAGUUUCAUGAUGACCAUCAUUAGGUAUCUUGAGUUCAUCAUUACCAUCAAUUUGGCAUUGGUCCAUUUUCUUAUUUUCAAACCUACACAAUAUUAAAAUUUCUAAUAUUCAAAUGAACUAAAAAGUAAAAAUACAUUAACUUUGAAGUAUUCAUAAAGUUCAACCUGUUAUGUUUACAAUUAAAUGUAUUCACUGUUAUCAAAAUCACAGUAGUAUGAUAAGGAUAACCAAACAGCUGUUUUUCUUUACAAUACUAUCUUAAAUCUUUCAUCUAAUUUAAAGAAAUAUACUUAUCGAAUUAUCAAAUUUUUAUUCUGCUUCAAGUAUACUUCUCUAUGCUGACUGUGUUAUACUUUCACGAUCAAUUUUAGACGAUUUAGUAUUUAAUUAUACAAAUUAAAAAGUAUUCAAUAAUCUUUACUCUUUUAAAAUCUAUCAGUAUUAGGUAAGGUGUUAUACUUUUUAUCAAUGUUUCCUUAAUUUUAGAAUUUUUUAAUAGAAAGUGUACUUUUUCAAGACUUCAUUAUGGAUCAUUUUUAUUUUUUUAAUUAAAUAAAAAGUGAGUAUUUUUUUAAUCACAUAAUUUCAUUCUUGUAAAUAUUUUAGUAUAAUACAAUACUUAUUAAGUAAAUAAUUCAUGUUAUUUCAAUUUACUAUAUCUAGUUUCUAUUAAUAAUAAUCAUGGUUAUAAUUUAGUUAUUUAUUUUAAAUUUGUAUACCUAGAUAUGUAUCUAAGUAGGCACAUUAGUUUUAGUUUAACCCACCUAUUCUUUUCAAUAUGACAUAUUAAGAAAUAUUUAUAUUAUGCUUAAGUCCCUAUACAUAAUGUGGUGAUGUCCUAAAAAUAUAGUCAGGUAAAAUUCAUUUCAAGAGACCUAAAUAAUUAAGCACAGCCUACUUUAUGUCCAAAAUUGUAGUUAGUCUAUGUUUUUAUUUCUGUAAUUAAGUAUUCAUUUGAUUUGGCUAGCAAACUUUGCCUCAAAAUGAAGCGGCCCUAUACUUAAUUUUUAAAAAAAAAAUUCUGGCUAAGGCCCAACUAUGAGUAGAGUUCGGUGCCAUUGAGUAUAGAUGAAUGGUAUUCAAUACUGAGUUCUGUACAAAUCAAAGAAAAAAAUGUACAGAUUAGUAGCAAAGUAAAUAUUUUCAAAAUACAUGUUUUACUCUCAUUUGAUGGUGUCAAAAUUGGUAAUUAUUUAUAAAGCUUUUUGAGCUCAUUGAAUUCUUCAAAUUGUAUUUUUAAUAUUAAAUCUGCCUAGGUAAUCUUAAUUGAAUAAUGAAUUACUGUUUAAGUUUGUUAUUAAACAAUUUAAUCAAAAUAUGUAUACUCAUCAUAUUCCAUAGGUAUAUUAGGAUGGUACUUAUUUUGCUAAUUUCAAAAUUUUCUUCAGAACGCCCACAAUUUUUUGUGUAAAUUAAAAAUAAAAAAUCCCAUUUGAGGCUAUUUUCAUAAUAUUUAGUAGUGGUGCACAACAUUUUAAUAUUUAAUAACAUAAAAAUUGAAUGAAAUCAAAACAAAUAAUGUAAAAAUGAUCACAGAUCGUUUUUAGGGGUAGUCAAAUAAGGGGGAGAUAUCCCUCCCUACAUUCCACAAAGACAUUUUUCUUAAACACUUAUAAUAAUAUACAGGAUGGUUUUUUAAGCAUGCUCAUUGUUUAUCCCAUUUUUAUGGUUAAAUUAUGUAUAAAUUCAAAUCCUAAUAUUUGGAAUUUUUAAGUGUAGUGAAAGAUGAUAUUUUAUAAUUAGAAUUUUUAUAACACUUAAAGAAUAACCUGUGACAAUAUCAAAUUUAAUUUUUCAAAUGAGAACCUGCAUGUCUUAAUUUUAAAUCGGACGAUCUUUCUGAAAAUGUUAACAUAUAUUUAAUCAAAAUUUGAACGAAAAGUUUCUGAGUGUUUCUAAGUAAUACUAAGGACUUUAACUGCACAAUUCAAAAUGAGAAAUUACCUACACGAUUAUACAUAUGAAAUAUGAAAAAACAUAUGUGUUGCAGUCACUCUAUUGUAUUUAUAUGUUAUGUUUAUAUUUAUUUUAUAGUCUUUUUCUUUUGUUUAUAGUUUUAUAUAUGUUUAUUUAAAAGUUUCACCAAUUAAUAAUAAUAUGCCAUAUGAAUUAAAAAAAUGAAACAAUUGGUAUCCAAUCCCGAAAAUGAUAUUUUCCUUUUUAUAUUUAAAAAACUGAGAAAUUUGUUCAAAUUUUGUUUAUAAUACUUGAACAUUUUCAAAAAAAAUUAUCUGAUAGUUAAUUUGCCUCAAAACAUGUAAGUUAAUGAGAACCAAAGUUGAUUAGUUUAAAGGUUUGUUGCUUUAUACUUUCGUUUUACGAAGAUUAGUUCGGGUUAUAUCCUCUCUUCAAUUUGCCACAGUUGAAAGGGGCCCACAUUUACUAAAAUUACAACUCGUUUGCCACAAAGAUUAUUUCUAGUGUAACCACUCGUUUACACACACAUUUUCCUUCUCACGUACACAGACUUAGGACUAUCAGUGCAUAUAAUAACUUCUCUGAUCUGGUUAAAAAUUAUGUUUUUAAUGAGCUAUGUGUUAUUAAUUAUUUAAUAUAAUUUAAUUACCUAUUACAGUAAAAAAGGAAGAAAGCAGUCGUUUGAUUUUGUUAUUUUAAAUUCCGAGCGUAGCGAGUUGGUUUUACAGUACUAUUUAUUAUUAUUUAUUUUUUUUUCUAGUCUGUGGACACGUUUUUUCGGAGUAAACUUGCUCCGAUGUAUAAAUGUAGUACCUUUUCUGAAAGUAAAUUUCACUUCAAAGUCAAAAGUCACUUGGUAAUUACCUAAGUCAUUUUUUAAUUUUCGAAAUGCUAUUUAAAAUAAAAACGAUGAACCAGAAAAAAUAUACGAUUUUUUCACGAUUACAUUAUUUUAAAUUAGUACCUACCAUGUUUUGUAGCACAAAUAUGGCUUCAAUUGAAAAACGAAAAGAGACCUUUUUUGUUAAAUUAUUAAUCUUGUUUUUAAUGAUGCAGGUCGUUUUGAUUUUCAAAUUAGUUUUCAUAAUAAUCGGGAAAAAACGUAGAAAGGUUAAUUUAGAGAAAAUGACUGCACUUCAAAUUAUGUAUCACUGAACUGCUCUCCAAAUCGUCUUUCGUCAGCAAUGGUUUAUCGUUGCUUACAGAUAUAAAUGAAAUAACUUUAUGUAUCCUACCUUUCCAACUUUUUACCUAUAACAGUGGCCGUACCCGUCCCCAGUAUCUGCUUUUUUAUUCAGUCGCUUUUUUUAAAUUAUUUUAAUUACCUACUUCAAAGGUUUACCUUGGAAGCUGCUACCCAUUUGUUCUUAGUAAUUUAAUUGAUAAAUUUUGUUAUUUGAAUAUUUUGUCCAUACAUUUUUCAUGUACUCGAUUGUUUGUGACAUCUCUUUCCGACAAUAAUUAUUAACAUUCAUUUGUAUUGAAUUUAAUUUAAGUUCAGUUUUUGAUUGAUUAUUUGAAUGUUUAAAAUAACAUCAAUAACUUAGUACACAUGUGAAUGAGAAUUGAUUUUAAAAAUGUUUAUGGAAAGCUUCAGCUCUGUUCGUUGUUCUUGGUCAUCUGGUUUGCCUGCCCACAGGGAUGAGUUGAAGUUUGAAUUAGGUAAUAUAUAUAAUAUAAAAACAUAAUUAGAGAAGUAUAAUCCAUCAGGUGAAUCAAUAGCUAUUAAAUUUGAAAAUACUAUUUCUAUUUCUUCAGGUGGUAAAUACGGCAAACCAAAAGAAUAUUAUAGGCAUUUAUUUACCUAACUCUGAAUUAUUAUUUUUAUACUCCCAUAAUAAUUUACUACUACUUUGUAUUCAAUGGAACCAAGAUUGAGCUCAAUGAAAUGUAAUAAUUUGUCAUGUAUUUUUAUUUUAUUUUAAAAUCUUGGUUAUCAAUAAAUAAUUCAUGUACCUAUUCAAUUAUUUGUUAUUAUUUCAUUCAGAUGACAUUCCUAUAUUAUCAACAUAAUAUCAAAAAUAUACGUGUUAACGAGUACUUGUUAAUUUUAUAUUUUGUGUGCAAACAAGCGGUUCCUUAAUUUGCGCUAACGAGUUUCAGGUAUUGAUUGCUUAAAUUUGUAGUAGGUAUCCUAAAAGAUGAGAGGGGUCUUGCAGGGCAUUUUUUAGAUUGAAGUGACUGAACAAUUCCUUAGUUCCUAAUCAUUGAACUGAGACAGAUGUCUGUGUCAAACUGUUCCGUUCAGUUUAAUGAUAUGAUUUUUAAAUCUGGUUUCACCAGUAUAAUACUACAAUAUUUCCUGUGUUAUCUUCUAACUAUAAAUUGCAUAACUUAUUAAUAUUUAGUUUAUUGUGGUUGGCUGCACAAUAGUUUCCUGUAUGCAAAGAAUACCGCAUGCUGUGAACUUACAUAAAAAAAGCAAAUAUAAGUUUUGUCUACACUUCAAGUCUCCACAAAUAUUUUUAACUGAAUCAAAACAAAAAAUUAAAAAUAUAAUACAUUCAUAAAUGUGUUUAAAUAAAUUCAUAAAUUCAUAAAUGAUUCAAUAAAAAUGGUUGGAAAAAUCAAUAAAUUACUUUCCUAAAGUACCCCCCCCCCAAUCAAAUUUCCUUUAAGAAAAAGUGCUAUACUUGUAAAUUGGAGCAUAAUAACUAUUGUCCGCACAACGAAAACUGACCAGUGACUGGCGCGACUCUAACAGCAAUUUUCAAUCAGUGGCCAUCAUAAAUGUAAAACUAACUGCCCCGUUUUUUUUAUAUUUAUUUAUUCACACUGUAUAUUAUAUUAAUUUUUUAUUAUAUGAAUCAUGAGAGAAAAUAGUUUAAAAAAUGAUGAGUAUAAAACAUUAUUUCAAUACAUAAUAUAUUAAAUAUACAAUUUAUUGAUUGUUAAUAAUAAUUUCAAAUCAGUCAAAAAAAAAUAUUUUUACACAUACAAUAAAAAUAACAUAUUAUUGAUACCUAUGCUUAAUAUUAGAUAUUUAUUAAUAAUUGUCAAUAGUAUUUACAAAUACAUGUAUACAUACAAUUCUAAUCAAUAUUAGUUAUUCCAAAUGCUCUAUUUCUGAUUCUUCAUCACUGUAAUCGCUAUCAUCGGGCAAUAUGGUCAAAACUACUGAUUCCAUUAAGGCGUUCCUAAGAAUUUCCUAAGAAUUUGCGUGGAGACUUGAAUGUCAUAACUGACAUCGACUAUUCAUCAACUUUAUCUUUUGCUUCGAAGCAAAUACGUUUUACAGUGCGCUCCGACAUUGUAGAUUGUCAGCAGUACGUAUUUGAGCAUUUUUAAAGAAAUCGGUUUUGUUAAUAGUUGUUUUAAAAAUAUAUAAACUUUAUAAACAAUUUGUUUAGUCUGGCUAAGAAUAUCACUAUUGCUAAAAGACAUUUUUAAUAAAUCUGAGUACAUAAAUUUAUUCAAACACAAGAAAAAAUACACAAAUAUUCACGAAACCGAUUUCAAAAACAUAGUGUACAACACAUUGUCUGUUACAAAUUACUGUAGCAUAAUGCACAAAAUCAACAGCUGUAUGCCUAUAUACACUAUACACGUGUUAUGAUUCGUCCAUAUAAUAUAUUCCAGUUGUCCAGCUGAAACUAAAUACCAGUUUUAGAUGAGUACCUAAAUUAUAAAUUAAAUAAGGGACCUCAACAUCACAUAAAAAACACGUACUGACUUUUUUUUCCAAUAACACUCCAUGUCACCUUAAAAUAAACUGGUGCCAAGAUUUCUAAAAUUGGAAUCUUUUAAAUCAAUAAUUUGUAUUGGGCCUUGAAAAGUUCAUUAAUGAAUUUUGUUGUAAUAAUUUUUGUAAUUUUUUUUUAAUAAGAUAGGUAUAUUAUCUAUAAACAUAAUUAGCUUAUACCUAUAGUUUAAAAUUUAAUAAUUCUGAGAUAUUAUUUGUGUGACAAAAGUUUUUUCAUUUUCUUUUUAUCUAUAAAGUAAUAUAAGCUAUGAAAAUUAGCAUAUAUUUAAUACAUUUUAGUUUUGUUCAGAUAAAUAUAACAAUAGGUAAUUUUUUUAGAUAUACAUAUUAUACCUAUGGUAUAGCUACAUUCUAAGUUAGAUAAAAAUUAAAUCCAUGCUUAUCUGUCUUUUUAUUUGGCAUAAUUAUUAAAAAAAUAAAAAUCAAAAAAGGUGUCCUAUUACACAAAGAACAAUGCUUAUUUUUUCAGAAUUUUUAACCUAAGCCAUUACUUAAAUUAAUUUUGAUUUUAAUCAAGAGAAUUAUGUGUUAAACAUUUAACAAUGUUUCCUAAACUUUGUUCAAUAUAUUAAAGGUACCUUACCGUAUUAUCAGUGCUAAUAACUUUUAACUAUCAGUAUUCAUUUUUUUUUUCAAUCAAAUUUUGUGUUGGGAAACAUGAAUGUAGAGAAAAAUUAAAUUUUUUUUUUCAUUCCUCAAUUAUUGAAAAAAAAAUUUAUUUUUUCACUUUUUACAAUUUUUCAAAAUAACCAUUUUGUAAAAUAUAUUGUUUUAUAAAUUUGAAUGUAUCAUACAUUCAUUUCUGAUUUAUAGUUUCUUAUGUAUAGCAUCUGUAAUUUCUAGAACAUUUGUGAAAAAAAUUAAUUUCAAUAAAAUAGUACAUUAACACAAUAAGGAAUCACAAACAGCACAGUGAAAAAAAUGAAAAAAAUAAAGUAAUUUUUUUUAGUAUUUUAAGGAUGAAAAAUAAAAUUUAUUUUUCUCUACAUUUGUGUCUCCUAGAAACAAAACUCGAUAUAAAAUAAAAAAUAUAAACAUUGACAUUAUUAGUAUUAGGAUAAACCUGUAAGACACCCUGUAUAAGAAGAAAUUAAUUAAUACAUGAUUAAAUAUGUUAAUCACUUUUUGAAUGAUGCUAAUAACAUAUUUAUCUGUAUAAACAUCACUGAAAAAUAAUAAAAUAUAAAUGUAUUUAAAGAAAUAGAUGAAUUGAUUAUGUUUUUUAGUAGGCAUUUAAACAAUUUUUACACAUUAUAUAUUACUCUUAUUAUGUUCCUUCUAAAAAAUAAAAAAAAAUCUAUCUAUAUCACAAAGUUCUUCUUAUGUAUGUUAAAAUAUAUUAUACUAUAGUAAUCAACUGAUUUUAUUAUUAAUUUUAACAAAUGUUUGCAUGCAAAUAAGUAUAAACUAAUAUAUAAAACCGUGAUUUAUAGAUUUAUUUAAUUAAUAUUUUAAUGAUAAUUAUUUAGGUUAAAUUGUUGUAAUUUUUUACUUAAAUUAAUUAGAUAUUGGUUAUUUUAUUAAAUUAUAAUAUUUUUAGUUAUAGUUGUAAUAUAUGAUAGUUAAAAAUAUAUUUGGGAUGUUUAUGCUAUUAUAAUAUAAUAUAUAUACACUUCUCAUGCACUAAAAAAUAGCCAAAUAAGUAAGGAAAAUGGACUAAAUAUGUAUGAAAAUAACAAAACUUGAAUGCAAAAUAUAGCAUGUCAAAUAAAUAUAGAACCAAAUUUAUUUAUAAAUAUAUAUUAUGAAAUAUUAUUAUUUAAUUAAAAUUGUCAAAUAUAUGCCUAAAAACAAAAAAGCCAAAAUAUGCAUUUAUAAAUAAAAAUCGAAAAAUAUGUAAAAUAAAAGUGUUUGUAAUGCAGACAUUACAAAACAAUUUUCUAUUUAUGAAUACAUUCAAUAGAGAAAUUUAAAAAAAAGAAAACCCUAGUUCUAACAUCUGAUUUUUUUUUUUUAAUUUUCUAUAUAGUCUAUAUUGAAGUGUAAAUGCACUUGACCUAUAUUUUACAUUGAAAAAAAACUUUGAAACAGUGUAAUGUAUCAGUUUUUGUAAGUUAAAUUUUGAUUUGAAUCAUCUAUAAUAUUUCACUAAAUAAAAAAUUGCCUAUGUAUUAAAUAAUAAUUUGUCACAAUAAAUGUUUACGAAUGAAUCGCACUAAUACAAAUGUAAGUCUAAAAUAUUUAUGUUGAACAUUUCUUAAAAUUAUCUUUAUUAGGUUCAUGUUGACAAUUUUAAUGAAUGCCUAUUUAUCUUUUGUUAAAAUAAAAAUGGUAAAUUGUAUUAUUUAUACUUUGUAUCUAUUAAAUUACUAUAGGUAAUGUACAUAUUACUAUCUAUUAAUAAAAUAAGAUUAAGUAGGUAGGUAAAUUUGAAUCAUAAACAAACUUAUCUAAUUAUACCCUAGUUAUGUCAAUUCAUUAAUGUGUAUUUUAAAGAAAUUUAUCAAUUUGGUUUUAUAAUUGAAUUUUAAAAUGUGAUGUUCACAUGUGACAUAGUACACAACUUGCAGUCACUAUGUUUGUAAAAAAUGAAAGUGUAUAUCCUAUAAUUUUUAAAUAUUUAAUUAGCAUAAAAACUGUUCUAACUAUUUAUUAAGAUGUACCUAUUAAGUUGUUAGUGUUUGUUGGUAUAUGAUAAAAAAAAUGUAUUAUUUUUUAAUGAUAUCAUCAUCAUCUUUAGGUUACGUUAUUUCAAUUGCUAACUAGAAUACUCAAUUACUACAUAGGUAUUUUGAUAAAUAUUAGGCACACCUCUUGAAAGAUAUGAUAAAGGAUUUUAAUUGAAAUAUAAAUAUAUUGUAAAAUGUCAUUCAGUGGGGGCAUUCCAAUGAUCAAUUGAUUAGUUUUCAUCCUAUAAGUAUUUCAUACAACUGUAUUCAAAAAACAUAAAAUACAAUUUUAUAAUAUCUUUUAUUUUCUUAUUUCUUAUUUAUAAUUUAUUACAUUAUUUAACCAACAAACUUUCUAAUUUUAUCUUCAAAAAUAAAAGCAUUUUUUUUCAUUUUAAUAUCCUAAAAUAGUUUUUUUUUGUCAUGUAUUUGAUUUAAUUAUGCCUAAACUUCAGUGGAAAUUUAGAUCAAAUCAUAGUUCAGUAGAACUUUUACCAUUGUCUCUGAGCUAUAAUGUGAGCAGAAGCUAUGGAAGCAUUUUGAGUUAUUUUCAUUUUUUGAAAAGACUCGAUGGCAAUACACAGGUAAUAUAACAUCACACAUUAUAUUAAUAUUAAGCUUAUCAUUAAAACAAUUUUAAAAUCAAUAAACUAGGAAUAAUAUCAUAUAAUGUAAAAAAAAUAUAUAUAAUCAUAAAAUAUGCAUUUAUAUAAAUCGACAUAAGUUGACUUUGUUGACUUGUCUAUUGUAAAUAAAAAAGUUGAGUGGUAUGCUGAUAAAAUAACUCAGUUCGUUAAAGAGUGUAAAUUAAUUUCAAGAUUAUCUUAUUUUGCAAUUUUAACAACUAUAAGUGCUUGGAUUUAAUUUAUAUAUUAAUUCAUAUAUAUUAAUCUUAAAACAUUUAAUGCGGAUUUUUAAAACUUAAUUAAAUACGUAAACUAAAAAUAAUAUAAUUAUAGACAUUGUAGUAGUUAAUGUAAUUAGUGACAACAUUUAAAAAGGUUAUUAUUUCAUUAGCUGUGAAAAAACCACAUAAUUAGUUCAUAAUUAUCAAUACUGGUGGUUUUUUUAGUUAACUAUAUUUAAAAUUAGUAAGUAUUUUAUUUAAAAAAAAAGUAUUUAAACUCAUAUUUGGUUAAAACUAUAUUCCAUAUUUAAUUGACCAACAUAAAAAUGUUAAUUUCACCUUUAUGGCAAUUUUAUUUUAAUUAAUUAUUUUGUUAAGAAUACUAAUAUGCAUAAAAUAAUUAAAUAUUUAAAUUUUAAAUUCAAAACACAAGGUUUAAAAAAUAUAUAAAACAUUAAACUAUGUUGUAUUGGUGGUAGUGUUUUGAAUCAGAUUCAUUAACUUGUAUUACCUACUGUUAUUUUAUUAUGUAUAUAUAAAUAACGAUUAUAUAAGUACUUAAAUCAAUAUUUUAUUUGUUGUAUUCAUAAUGAUUUAUUAAAAUUUGAAUAUGCGUUAGUAUUAAUAUUUACUUGGUAACUAAUUUAACGUUUUAAUUAAUAUGUAAUGAUGGGUAAGUUUUUUUUUCAAAUGAACUUAUUCAUGUUCAUCAAAUAGAUCAAUUGGGUAUCGAGUAAUAAUUAAUAAGUAAAACCUAACUAACAAAUUAUAUUUUUAUAAUAAAAAUUAUAAACUAAAAUAUUUAUAUAGAGUAUAUAAUUGUAAACAAACAGUAAAUAAAUAUUAAAUGUAUAAAAUAUUAUUAAUAAACAUAACUAUGGUCUUUGAAAGUUAGCUUGCAACAAAUGUACCUAAAACUUUCAUGUUCAAGUUCAUUUAUUGAAAAUGUGUUUAUGUCUAGUUUAUACUAAAUUAAUUCUCAUUGUUUUCCAUCACUGUUAAUAUAUGCUUUGAUUACUAUUAACUUAAUAAUUUAAAGUACUGGAUUUGAUUUCCAAUAAAUUAUUAACAUAUAUUAAUGUUAUCAGUAAUUAAUUUUAAAAAAAUGCCUAUAAAAAUCCAUGGGUAUUAUACAUUGUUAUACAUUAAGUUACUACAUUUUCAUACAGAUCAAAAUAUAUAGAUAUGUCGAACAACGAAGAUCGUCAAAGUGUACCAGUCAACAUUCGUUACACUAGAGGUUUCUCAUUUUUACGUUUACAACUUCCAACAACCAAUGAGUUUAGUGAUUUGAGACGUCCACAAAGAUCACAUAGUCAAGGAUUUCUUACUGGGUUGUCAAACCGUUUACCUUCAUUUUCUAUCACUGGUCCAUUAUAUGAUGAAAGUCCAUUACCGCCUACUGAUAAUACAAACAAAAGAUUCAGCUUUGCAAAUUUUAGAAAAAUUUCAUCGGCGGUCAGUAGAUUGCAACACUGUUUUAACACCAGUUUCACUAAAACACUGAUUUGUUUAACACCUAACAAUGAGUGAUUGAAACUAGCCAAGCUUCACUUUUUUUCUAUAUACUAAGUAGUUGAUGAACUAUUAUUCAUGGCCCAACACAGCACUUAGCUAUAUACAAUAAAAUACAUAUUUAUUUAUUAAAUUUAAAAGUUAAUUUUUAGUUUAUAGUAAUCAUAAUAGUUUUAAAAUCUAUAUAUGUAUGAAUUUACAAUGUCUUGAACUAUUAAUAGAUUUAGUUACAUUUCCUCGAUUUAUUGCCAGUCAGGUUUGUUUAAUUUUACCACUAAUAAGGUAGAAUUUAGAAUUUCUUUUAAAUAUUUAUAGAGUAAUCUCAUUAUGAUUUGAAAAUUACAAUUUUGCGAGAACUAUAAUUUAUGUAGUAAAAACUAAAAAAAAUUAUAAAAUACUUGUAUUUGUUGUUAUGUUUUAUACAAAACUAAUCAAAAGAAAACAAUUUUAUACUUUCAUGAGGCACUAACAUUUAAUGAAUAAUAGUUCUGUAAAUGGGUAUCAGUAACAAUCUAAUCAAGUAUUAUGUAAAAUAGAUUGAUAUGUCUGUUAAGCUCAGAAGUUAGAAAUGCAAAUUUAAGGUACUAUACAAAUAUAUAUAUAAUAUAUUUAUAUCAGUAUGUCAAUUGACUUAAAAAAAUACCUUUGAAAAACCUAAAAUAGAGUGGGUAUCUUUCCUAUUUGGUGCUCUAUUGAGAGUUAUGUGGUAAUGUAUAUUUCCAUACAUGAAGUUAUAGUUUUAUCACAAUGGUAAAUCAUUUUAAAUAAUUUGGUUAUUAAAAAUAAAAAAUAGGACGUACCUAAUAAUAUUAUUUAAAAAUAGUAUUUUAACAAUAAAUAUUUAUUGCGUUGGUACCAGGAACAGAAAUACUACUUAUUUGAAACAUGUUUAUAAUAUACUUAAAAUUAUAUAAACAUAUUAUACAUAAAAUUAUAUAAACAUAUUAAACAUAAAAUAUAUAUACAUUUUAUGUUAUCUGAGUAGUUACAUAUUUAGUUGUGAGGCUAGUUUCCAUAUUUACAGCUAUUUUUUUUUUUUAAUAAAUUUAACUAAUAAUACUAGUUUAUGCUAGUUAGUUUGUGUUUUUGAGUUUUGAAUAACUAAUGUUCUAAAGCUGAUUAAUUAUUUAUAAUUUAUAUUGUAUAUAUAAAUAUAUUUGAAGUUUAUAUUAUAUAUUAUUUAAACAAAAAUUAAAUAAUGAAAGAUAUUAAAAUGUGGUAAUAAUUUUGCUUAUACAAUACAAAUUAUAAAAUAUGAAUAACUUAUUUAAUUUUUAGUAAAUUAGUGAAAAUAUUUUUGAGUUUGUUUGCUUACUAUGGUGCAAAGAUUAUUUGUUCUUAAUAAAUUUGUGUGUGUGUUUUUUUUUUUUCAAUACUGAAAUGAAAACAAUAACUUUAUAAUAUUAUAUGCAUAAAUGUCUUUAUAAUGUUUAGAAUCUUCAUACUAGUGAUUCAAUGGUGUCGUUAUGCUACAGAGCUUUACACAAUUACAUCUCAGAAAAUAAUUUAGAAGGUCUUCAAGGAUUUCUUGAAAACCGACGAGUUCUCGUAGAUGAUCGUGAUGAUGUAAGAUUAAUAGAUUAUAUAUUUUAUUCUUAUAAUAUUCAAACAUUUUGUUUAUAGAAUGGAGCUACUGCUUUACAUUAUGCUGCUACCAAAGGAAAAUUGCAAUUUUUAAGAGAACUUAUAAAUCAUGGAUCAGAUGUAAACAUUGAAGAUAAUGUAAUUACCUAUCUUAAAUUAUUAUAUAUUUUUUUAAUCAUAAACCUAAUAAUUGAAUGUGGAGUAUUACAAUAGUGGUGUUAAAAUUGUAUAUAUAUAUUGAAUACAAUUUUUUUUUUAACGAGUUCUAAUACUAGUGAUUUAAAAUCAGAAAGAAAUUAGAAAAAUGGGUAAGGUUAAGUUUAAGGUAAUUUAAUUUGAAUCCUAUAUAAAAUAAUACCAUUAUUCUGUAUAGAGUUCAGUUAAACAUAAUGUCUUAAAAUGUAUUAAUUUUUAACUAAAAAAUAAUUUAUACCAAACAUUAAAUUUUAAACGCAAAUUGGGAUAUUUCACUCAAUGUUAUUUUUUUUAUCAAUACUUAUUUAUUUAAGUUUUAAUUUAACUUAUCAGGAUAAUUGGACAGCAUUAAUAUGUGCUGCCAAAGAGGGUCAUUCUGAUAUAUGUGCUGAACUGUUGGAUCAUGGAGCUGAUAUUGAACAUAGAGACAUGGUAAAUAUUUAGUAUUUAUAUUUAUAUAAAUCAAAAUUAAAACAAAUUUUAUAUUUUAGGGUGGAUGGACAGCACUUAUUUGGUCUAGUUACUGUGGAUAUACCAAUUUGGCCAAUUUGUUAUUGGACCGAGGGGCUGACAUAAAUGCACAUGGGAAUUUUCACAUUACUGCAUUAGUUUGGGCUGCUGGCAGAAGACAUACAAAACUUGCUUGUAGUUUGAUAGCACGUGGUGCUAAAGUUAAUGUUGGUGAUAAGGUAUGUACAUGAAUUCUUUAAAAUAUUUAAUGCAUAACAAAUUGUCUUACAUAAUGUAUAUUUAAAUAUUAUAGUAUGGAACUUCUGCAUUAGUAUGGGCUUGUCGAAAAGGUGAUGUAGAACUUGUCGAUACAUUAUUAAGAGCAGGCGCUAAUGUUGACACUGCUGGAAUGGUAAACAUAAUUUAGAAGAAAAAAAAACUUGUUUAAUGUUAAAUACUUAUGAUAUUUAUUUUAUAUUUAGUAUUCCUGGACUCCAUUAUUAGUAUCAACAAUGGGAAAUCACACUGAAGUAGUAAAUUUACUCCUUGAACGUAAACCAAAUGUUAAUGCUUUAGACCAAGAUGGAUGUACUGCUUUAACAAUCGCAUGCAAAGAGGGAUAUUACGAUAUUGUCAAUUCACUUUUAAAUGCUGGAGCUUACAUUAAUAUACAAGUAAAUAAAAUAUAUUAUUUCAAUUUUGAUUUGAAUCACAAUUUUUAAUUAUUAUUUUUUUAGGAUCGUAGUUCAGAUACUAACCUUAUACAUGCUGUUAAAGGAGGACAUCGUAAUAUUGUAGAAGCACUACUUAAAAAAUAUGCAGAUUUUGAUGUCAUGGGAAAGGUAUUUAUUUUAAUUGUCAUGCAAGUAGUUUCUAUAUAAAAUUUUAACUUUGUUGUUAAACUACAAUUUCUUAUUUGCAAUGGCCUAAAAAUUACAAGCUUAUUUGAUUUUCCAAAUGUUUAUUUUAAAAUAUUAUAAUUUUUUUGUUCCCUAGUAGAACCAUAACAAAGCUUUUCAGCACCUCAAGCCACACAAAUAUAUGCUCUCAUCGCUUACCUCUAUUAAUUUCCAUUAAAAUAUUAUAUUUUUAUUAUGUAUAAAUUCUGAAUAGGUACAUUUUUCUGAAAUCACUCUCGGUCUGACCUAAUCUGCUAGUUUAAAUUUUAAUGAAAAUAUUAAAAACCAAAUUUAUUUCAAAAUGUUUUUAACCGAUCCCAGAAUCAUUUUUCUUAGUUAUGAUUUUUUUUUUUUUUUAUGUCUGAAUAAAAUAUUCAAGUAAAAUUAUUUAAAUUUAUAGGAAAGAAAAACUGCAUUGUAUAUUGCUGUAGAAAAAGGAAAUAUAGCAAUAAUUAAAUUAUUACUUGGUGUAUCUCCGGAUUUAGAACUUUCAACAAAAGUAAACAAUAAAUCAAUGUAUGUAAAUUGAUUGAGUAUGUAACUAUUUUAUUUCCUUCUUUAUAAGGAUGGUGAUACACCUUUGAUGCGAGCUGUUAGAAACCGUAAUGCUGAAGCUGUACAACUUUUAAUUGAAAAACGUGCUCGUGUAUCUGCUACAGACAAACGUGGGGAUACAGCAUUACAUAUAGCUAUGAGAGCUAGAGCUAGAGGCAUUGUUGAAAUUUUGCUACGAAAUCCAAAAAACAGUCAGUUAUUAUACAGACCAAACCGAGCAGGUGAAACACCAUACAACAUGGAUGUAAAUGCUCAAAAACCUAUUCUUAGUCAAAUAUUUGGUUCGAGACGUCUUAAUACUAAUGAAGAUAAUGAAAAUAUUUUGGGAUACGAUCUUUAUAGUAGUGCACUAGCUGAUAUGCUUAGUGAACCUACUUUAUCUAUGCCAAUUAAUGUUGGAUUAUAUGCUAAAUGGGGUAGUGGAAAAUCAUUCCUACUAAAUAAGUUAAGAGGUAAACAAUUAUUUGUGUCUAUACAUUUUUAAAAAAAUUUUACGAACAAUAAUUAUGAAUUAUAUGAAUGCAUGAUUACUUUUUUAGAGGAAAUGAAAAAUUUUGCUCAUCAGUGGACAGAUCCGUUUUUUCAAUUCCCGUGGCUUAUCAUGGGUGUGGCUCUCCACUUUUGCUUUGUGACAGGCACUGUGGUCGUAGUACUAACCUCAUCGUCAUUUAUAGCAAUUACCACUACAUUUAGUUUAUUAGCUGGUGUUUUUUUCUUUUUGAUUUUAGUAUACUUUUGCAGUCAUAGGUUAGUUAAAUCGUGUGGUUUUAUAUAUAUUUUUAUAAUAUUUAUUGUUAUAAUUAGUAUACAUAAUAAAUUAAUUUUCAGAGUUGAUUGGGCUUAUAAUUGUAUUAGCUAUUUAAGUCAAAAAGCUAUUACUGCCAGAAUUAUUCUUCAAAUAAUAUUUUGCCAUCCACCAGGUUCAAGUUGGGGUACAUCAGUUACAGCACAACCUAUUAGGUAUUUAAAAAAUUAAUACAAUUGCAUUUUAAACAUCAUAGAAAUUUUAGGUUUUGACCAAGUUUGUAUAAAUUUAGAUUUUAUUUUACUGAUCAAACUCGAGUAAGUAGUACAACAUCUGGAGAAAGUACUAUUGUUCAAAUGAUUGGUUCAUUAUAUGAUUCCAUAGAAAAAGAUUUUGGAUCAAUUUCUACGCGUUUGUACAGAGCUUUUCGCCCAAAACCAGGUCAGUUAAUUAAUUUAUACUUCUUGAGAUUCCUUAUAAAUAAAUAAUAAUUAUUUAUAUAAUUUUCAGUAAAACUAACUUCACCUUGGAAAUGGCGCAAAUUAUGUUGCAUGCCAAACAUAAUAUUAUUUGAAUUAUCUUUUAUAAGUGUUUUAUUGGUUACAGUUAUUAUUGCUAUACUUAAUGGUACAUUAAUUUUUAUUAAGUAAGUUUUAGUCAAAAUGUAAAAAAAAAAAUUGUGUCUUGUAAAUUAUAUUUUUUAUUCUUUUGAUUUAGUGAUAUUUCAUUUGAUAAGGCUAUUGGAAAUGUAAUACUAUUUUGUUGUGGAGUGUUUAUUCUAUUUCUAUUGAUAGGAAAUUUAUACACAUUUAGUCAAUUACUACAAUCAUUAGUAUUCUCACAACGUAAACAACUGAGAAGAGCUACAGCAAAAUUAGAUACAUUAAAGUCUGAAGGCUUUAUCCAAGCACUCCGAACUGAAGUUAAUUUAAUGACAGAAAUGGUAUGAAUAUUUUUAUUUAUUCCUUAGAUUUUUAUUAAAAUUGUACUAAUUAUUUUGUUUUACAAAACUAAAGGUGCGUUGUUUGGAUGCAUUCACUCAGCAGCAAACUAGAUUGGUAAUAAUUAUUGAUGGUUUAGACUCCUGUGAACAAGACAAGAUUUUAUUACUUUUAGACGCAGUCCGAAUGUUAUUUUCUGAACAAAAUACUCCUUUUAUUGUUGUUUUAGCUAUUGACCCACAUGCAAUAUCUCAGGUUUAAUUUAUUUUUUUUUCAUCUAAAUGUUAUACCUAAAAUACACCAAGAUAUAUUUAAAAAAAAAAAAAAAUUAUAUUUUUUAUAGGUUAUUGAACUCAAUAGCCGACGAUUAUUAAACGGUAUGGAUUUUUCUGGACACGAUUACCUUAGAAAUAUGGUUCAUUUGCCAUUUUUUCUUCAAAAUUCUGGUUUACGUAAGGUAAAAUUAGCUCAAAAAUCAGCUCAAUUUCAUCGAAAGAGUGUUACUAAUCAAAUGGAUGAAUGUGGAUUAGUACAUUCGGUAAUAUGAAUUUGAUAUUUAUUAAAAUAAUUUAUUUUAUAAAUUACUUUCAAAAUGUAGGCUUCAACAAGGCGAUUAUCUAAUGAAUCUACAACUCUAAAGCCUACAAUGGGUUCUUCUGGUGGUCUUAGUCGAAGCAAGGGUAACAUCAAUUCUACCAGAAAUAAACUAAAGUCCAGUGAAAGUAUUGCAAGUAGUAUAGCUAGUAAUAUACACAGAUUAGGUGGUCCGCAAGAUCUCUCUAAAAUUUUAUUAACUGAUGAUUACUUCAGUGAUGUAAAUCCUAGAAGUAUGAGGCGUUUAAUGAAUAUUGUUUAUAUCACAGGUACAUAUAUAAAAUUAAAAACUUAAAAAAAAAUAUAUAUAUAUAUAUAUAUACAUUUAAUAAAUAUUAAAUUAAAUGUUUUUAAAUAUCCAAUUUUAGGUCGUUUAUUAAAAGCAUUUCAAUUAGAAUUUAAUUGGUACCAUCUCGCUAGUUGGAUUAAUAUUACAGAACAAUGGCCUUAUCGUAUAUCUUGGAUAAUAAUUUUCCAUGAUACUAAUGAAGAUACUAUUGAUGAUUCUAUGUCAUUAAAAACUUUAUAUGAAAAGUAAUAUUUAUUUUACUAUAUGUUUAUUUUAAAAACUAUUUUUAUAAGUUUAUUAAAAUUUACAGAGUGCGUCGUCAAAUACAAUUUUCUAAAGACAUAGAUCCAUUAAUGGAGAUGGACAAAGAUGAGAAAAAAUUUGAAAUAUUUCUUUCUUUUCAUCGAACAACAUUGCUGGUGAGCGAUUUAAGAAUAUUUUUACCUUUUACUAUCAACUUGGAUCCAUACUUGAGAAAAGUUAUUAAAGACGAAAUGCAAAACUCCGAAGAUCCAAACAUUUUUAGGCCAUCAAUAUCACAAAAUGAACUUCAAACCCGAAGAGUACAUAAUCAAUUUAUCAGAAGACAAGUUAGUUUUUUUUUUAUAAAAAAAAUUUAACAAUAUUUUAUUGAUUAUUUGAUAUAUAUUUUUACAUUUUACUCUUAAUGAUUAAAUAUAAUUUAAGAAAAUGGGAAAUAGAUUAUCACUUGUACAAGAACCUUUACCAGCAACAUUAAUGUUGAAUGAACCACAAUCUACUUUAUUAUGGAAUCAACAAGUUCAAAAUAGAUGGCAUACACCGUAUGAUGAAUUGCCAAACCAACAACACAAUUAUUCCAUAUCAUCAUUACCUGUAAUAAUAAUUUCUAUAUAUGUAUUUAUAAAACUAUUUAAUAUUGUAUUUUUUAAAAAAUUCAUCUGAAUAUUCUAGGAUGAAUUUACCAACAUUAAAUUGUCAUCUUUAAGUGUAGAUGAUAUUUGUAAGUUGUUAAUUAGGAUAAAAGAUAUGCAAGAAUCAAACAUUCCAAAAUACACACAAAUAAUCAAGGACAAUAAUCUUACUGGUUGUGUACUCUUACAUUGUAACUUAAAUGAGCUAAAAAAUGUAAUUUUAUUUAAUUUAAUUUAAUACAGAAUUUAUAAACACAUACAAAUUUGUUUUUAGGUAUUAAAAAUGAAUUUCGGUGAUUGGGAACUUUUUCGUAUAGUUUUAUCAGCAUUACGAGAUAAAGAGUAUUUAAUAAAUAAUGAAACCAAUAGCAAUACAAAUUUUAAGCAUACCAGAUCAGGCAGUUCCAAAAAUCAUUCUCAUGAAAGAAGAGGUAAUGGAAAUUAUAUUUUGUUGAUUAAAUGUUUAAAAUAGCGUGUUCUACUAUAUAAUUUUAAAAAAAUUUUGUAUUAAGAGCACCUUAUACCCAUAUAUACUGUCUCAAUCAGGUCUCAAAUAGGUGGUUUUUGAAUUAUAAACUAUUAAAAAAGUUAGUUAUUUAAAAAACAAAAAAAAGAAGGUUGUUGUUUAUUUUGAAUAAUACAAAAACCCUAUGACAUUCCCUCCAAAAUAUUGUUCUCUAUAAAUUGCAUAAUAGGUACUUAAUAGGUACUCUAAAAUCAAAAUUAAACUAGUUUUACUUAUUUUGUGUAAACAUUGUUUUUUUAUGUUACCUGGAAGUUGAACUGAGACAGUAAAUGCAGGUAUAAUGUUCUCUUAAUAUGUAUAUUUUGGGUCAAGUAGAAAAUGAGUCAUGAUUGGAAACUGCUAGGGCAAUGUAUACAAUACUCUAAAUCUAAAUGAAUAUAUUAAGUAAGAAUAUAUAUAUAUUUUAUUAUAAAGCACAGUUAAUAACUGUUAUUUUGGUUAAGUACACUUAGGUAAUGUAAACAUAUUUUAUGUAUUUAAUUAUAAAAUAACUAACUUAUCAAGACACUUUUUAAUUGGAUUAAUUAUUAUUAUUAUUAUUAACUAUUAACUUAAAACAUUUUUUAACCAUAAUUGUUACAACAACAAUAAAAUAAUAUGUAUUUGUUUAUUAUAUUAUAAGUACAAUAAUUGUCCAAAAUUCUACCUGUUUGCUCUGCAUAGAUAAACAAUUUCAUAUUUUUAUUCAAUACGUUUUUUUUUAUUUUACCCAAUUUAUAGAGCAUUAGAGCAUUUGUUGUUAUGAUUGAUUCUCCUAUCUAACCCAUAACAUAACAUAUGUAUUAUACAUUAGUGGCAUAAGUAAGGUUAAACAUUUAUGCAGUAUACAUUCUUAUAAACUGGUGAGGUUUAAAAUAUUUGAUUAGAAUUGAUAUGGCUUUUAUACAAUAUUAAUCAGUAAUUUUUUUUUUUUUUUUACACAAAUAAAAAACUAUUAUAAUGUUUAAGAUCUUUAUUAAGGUAUAAAUAUAUAUUUAAAAUUAAUAUAAAUUGAUUAAAUAUUUAGGUUCUUCCAAUAAUAGUAAUAAUGUACAAGGUAAUUUGAAUGAGAAAGACCAAAAAGGGUCCAAAGUAUCAUCCGUUGAAAAACAAGUAUGUAGUAUAUAAUUCAUAAAUUAAUAUAUAUAAUUAUAAAAUCAUUUUUAAAAUCAUAUAAGUAUAAUUUUGAAUUGUAUUUAUUGUAUUAAAAAUUUAAAGAAAAUACUUUAAAGGUAACAUUAGAAGAACAAAUGAUAUGUGGUGCUUUGCAAACUCUUAAUGAAGAAGCAUGUGAAGAUGUCUUAGAGGAAUCUGAAGAACAAGGUACCAUAGCAGCUGCUACCUAUUUGCAAGUUCCUCAGCAGCCUAUCGACAUAAUUACAGGUGAGCAGGUGAAACCGCAAAGUCAAAAUGAACUCAACAGUAGUAAUUAUAAAACAGGAAAUCCUAAUAUAGUUAUAAACACAAAUAAAGUGACAGAGUCUCUAAUUGAUAUUGGUGGAAUGACUGGUGAAAAAUCUUGAGUAUGGCAUAACUUAUUAAUCAUUCUUUGUUCAUCAUGAUUUUCCAAUUUGUAUUUUUAUUAAUAUUAUUCAAUCUGUCAAAAUGGUUCUGUAAGUAGGUAUUUAAUCUCCAUAAUUUAAAAAAUAAAUAUUUUAAUUUAUGUUCUUUCUUUAUUUAACAAAAUAAAUUAUAAUUCAAUUAUGUAUAUUUUUCAGUUAUUAUUGACCUUAAAUCUUUAUGAUUUGUAUAGUUUUAUAGAGAAAUAUUAUUAAAGUGUAACAAUAAAUUGAUAUAAAAGAGUUUCUUUAUAGUAAUAUUUAAAUUGUGUUAUGCAUAUUUCGCUAUUCUACUAAAUCCUUUCACAGUUUAUGGUAUAGAUGUUUUUGUUGAAAAUUUUUUAAAACCAAAUCUGUAAACUGAAAAGCGAAUUAAUUUAAUUUUGAUUAUUGAUUUUUUUUUUUUUUGUUAUCUAUUCAAUAUUUUUUAUAAAAUUUAAAUAAUAAAAUACUAGGAACUUAUUUUAUUAAUUUAUUAUUAUGUAAGGAUUUUGCAUUUGAAUUUAUUUUACUUUGUCUUACUAGUACAAUAUUUGUGUCAUUAAAAACUAUAGAUCGUAAUCAUUCAUGGUAAUUUAAGAUACAUAAAAAUAAUAUAGAUAAUACUAUAAUAAAAAACAAACUGUAUAAUAAUAUAAUUGUUGAACUGUUAUUAAGAAUAUUUUUUCCAUAAUUAAUAAAAAAUAUUAUAUAUAUUAAAAAAAAAAAAAAUGUAAAUUUGUUUGGGCAUUUAUUACCAAAAGUACAUAAUAGUAAAAAAAAAAAGAGCUUAAAAAAGAACGAUGUUAAACUUUCUAUGAAAAAGUAUCACCCCAAAAGUGCAUUGACAUCAAUAUUUGCUAAGUAUCUUUGUUCCCAUACUUCUUUUGUCCUGAUUUUACCUUUUACUCUUAUACCCUUGUUUUGUCAUGAAAUCUUGUCAAUCUCUAUCAAGUGUUUGUCAACUAUUUAAGGUUAGGUUUGUCUUUACUACAUCGAGGUAUUCAUCACAUUGUGCCGGAGAGAAAAUCUUCAAAAACAGAUUCAAAUGUGGAUAUAAAUGCAUUUUUGGCAAGUUUUUUUUUUGGAAAGUAUGAUAUAUUUUUUUUGAUCUUAGUCAUUUUUUAUUUUUGAAUAAUUUUUUGGGAGAUCUGUACUUUUUUUACAGUUAAUACUACAAUCGUUGCUGUGGUGCAUAUUUAAAGAUAAUUAUUUAAGAAUUUCAUUGCAUUUGACUUAGUAUUUUUUUUCUUUAUCUCAAUUGAAAAAGAUUAAAACUAAUGCAAAUUUGUCCAGACUUGGUUAAUUGCUAAAAUUUAUUAGUGAGUAAUUAUUAAUUGAAAUUUUGUAUAUUUAUUGUAAAUGAUACAUAGAAGUGGCUAUUGUACUUUAAAACUAUUUUUGCGUAUUGGUCUUAUUGGGAGGAAGAAAAGGGUCAAAGUCCAAUGUCCAAUUUAGAUACUUUUUUUUUUUGCAAUUUUAAAAAUUGGCAUAUGAAGCAUGUUCCAAACACCUCAACAUUUCAUUGCAUUUAGUUUAGUAGUUUUCUCAACAUUACGGUGGCUACAUUUGCACACUUACAACCUCAAUUGGGAUGAACAAAGAAAUUUCAUUAUUGCCUCAUUAUUUUAUAGCUGUUGGAACAGAUUUUUAGGAUUGAUAAAAAUAUCUACAGUUUUAAUUUCCCCGCCUUAUUUAAUUAAAUUUAGUUGAUAUAGUAUAAUAAGCAGUGUAUGAUUGACCAGCAUAUUGUGUAUGUAGAUAUGUGUUUUUACAUUGCAGCGGACUUGUUUUUUAGCUAGGCUUAUCUGCCUCAUAAUUAAACUUCAAUAAAAUGGUAUGGGUAUAAAAAGAUUACAAUCAAUGCUUGCUUUAAUAGGUUUCUACUAUUAUUAUCUUUUUUAAUUUUUCAUAAUUUUUUUGUAUUUUGCGAAGCAAAAAAUAUUUACUUUAUUUAAUUAAAAUAAUAUACAUAUAUUCAAGUGUUUAAAGAUAACAAACACAAUGUUAUCAAACACUAGUAGUCCCUAACUCCUAAUUUCAGAGAAAUCAAUUCUAUAUUUAAUUGCAAUUAUACGAAAAUGUGUUGUAUAAAUUAUAUCCUAAGGUAUGUCCACACAAGUUAUAAUUAAAAAUGAACGCUACAAAUAUUCAAAGAGUUAAAAAUUUACCAUUUAUUUAUAAAUACAUAUUUACAUUGUGUGUUGUAUGUCAUAGAUCAACAUGUCCGUGAUCAUAUUUAUACCUUAUUGUUUUACACCCGAUCAUCCUCACUAGAACAAUAUUGAUAUGCAAAACCCCAAGGCCAAAAUAUUGUAUGUAUAGAAUGCGGUGAAAAUGUUUAUUAUAAUUAUAUGAUUAUAGCAUUAUAAGGGAAUGCCACACCUGCAUUUAGUUGUGUUUAUGUUGAAAUUGGAGUUAACACACAAAUUAACAAUAUUUAAAAAUGAGAAUAUUUUCGAGUACUGCAAAUAACUUUUUACUAAUAAAACAAUGUAUUAUAUCAAUUAGGUAUUAUUAAUAAAUUAAUUUUACAGAUAUGUACAAAAUUAGAAGAAUUUUAAAUUAUUUAUCCUACAUACCCUCUAGAAUAUAUUAUUACUGAAAAGUAUUAAUUUCUUCAAAUUUCAAUUUUCUAGAAAAACAAGUAUUUAAUAUUUAUAUGAUAAAAUAUUUUUUUAAUAAACUAGGUAUGUUUUAAUAAUGUUUGAUGAUUGAUUACUUUUUAACUUAAUUUUUAUCUAGUUUAUAUUAUGUGACAGAAAUUAUUGAAUAUGUUUUAUUAUAACAUAUAAUUUGUAUUAAUGACAAUAAGCUUAACAAAAAAAUAAUAUUAAUUUUAUACUAUAUAUAAAUUACAAAUCGAUUGGGUAAAGUUAGAGAAAAAUGGUCCAGGGAUUUCCAUAAUGUAUGGUAUAUAUGAAGUGAAGAUGAAAGAUUAUUAAGAAAUGAUGAGGAUAUAAAAGAGAGAUAGAAGGAGUAUUUUGACAAAUUACUGAAUGAGCAGUAUCCAAAAAAAAUACUAGAAAAUGUUUUGUGGAACAAAAGUAUGAUAGAUUUUUUUUUUUAUGUAGUUAUCUACAGUAUCCAGACAUUUUAAUCAUAAAAACCAUGUAUACAAACAUCAUUAUAAAACUGAUAGCUAGAUAGCUCUCCUUACUAUACUCAGAAUAUACUAUUAUUAUAAAUAAAUAAAAAUUAUACCUGUAGAUUUGUAUAAUUGAUUUUUGAUUUAAGAUGGUACCAUAAUAUGUUGUUAUUUAUUUCUACGUAAAAAUAAGGCACUCAUAAUUAUUAUGUUUUGUAACUAUAUUUAAAUUAUCAUAAAAAAGAAUAACUAGACAAUUUUUUUUUAAUUAGAAAAAUAAAUUUUUGUUUAAAGAAUAGAAAUAUUAAUGCUAUACUUUCAAUUGCUAUAAACGGUUUGCUAUAUAAUACACUAAAUAAUAGCUUGGAAGAAAAUUGUAUACAGUACCUAAUUGAUGAUUUAACAGUUUUAAAUUAAAUAAACAUUCAAUUCUUAUUUUGACAUGCAUUUAUAAUUUAUUGUCUAAUUGUAUGUGCUGUACAUAUAAUUUUUCAAGUAUUAACUUUAUAAGUAUAUUUAACUAGGUAUUAUAUUCACCUAUUUGAUUAGGUAUUGUUGAAAUUCUAAAUUAUUGAUUGUAAACUAUCAGCUUAGUGGUUAAUCUAUUUAUGUUUUCAAAGCCAUAAUUUUUUAAGAACAGUGCUUUUAAGAUGCAUAAGGUUGUUCUAUUCAUUAUUAAGAAGAUAUUUAUACGUAAUCACAUAAAUGGUACUUUAGAAAAUCUAUUAUUAAAUUUUCAUGGAGCUAUUAUAAAAUUACAAAUUGACAAUAUGAUAUAUGUAUAUUACUAAUAUUUUAAAUAUGUAAAUUUUAAAUCACAAUGAUGUUUAUUAAUUUUUCUAUUGGUAUUGUAUAGAUGUACAGAUUAUUUACGUUUGUACUUAAAAUUAAAACAAAUAAACAUUCCAAACUCUAAUAUUUUUUCAGAAUCUUUUUUUUUUUAUUAUUAUGGUGAAAUAAUGUAUCAUUGCUUUUAAAUGUAAAAUAAUACCUAAUUUAAUCUAAUAUAAUCCUUCUUAUCAUGCAGUCUUAGUAUAUUGUCCUCAUUUUUAUUACAAACUUUAUUUUUAUAGGUGAUGGAUCUGUAUGCAGUACAACUUCAAGUACUGAUAAUGGAGACGUUGAUGCAUUUUUGCUUCAAGUAAAUAUUUAAUUUUUACUAAUUUAUAACUUUUCCAAUGUAUUAAAAACUAUAAUAAUAUUUUGAAGAAUUCACCACAUCAUAGUAUUGUUCAGUAUCCAGUGUUUCAGUAUGAGGGAAACAAUUCUGUCUCAGCUAAUUCUUUGAAUAAUACUCCAAUCGCUUCAAGAAAAAAUCUUAUUGAUUACAAAGUUAGUAUAUAGUAAUAACAUUAAAACACAUAAACAAACUAUGUUUUUAUAUUUUAGACGUGUAUUGUAACUACAACUAGUGAAAAGGGAGGAAAGCCUGUUUUACUUAAAUCCAUCAAAAGACCAGCAUCUUUAGUUAUGAACAGACUUGAUGAUGCAGAUACAGUUACUGAAACAAAAAAUCCAAUACAAGUAUAUUUAUAAUUUUUAAGUAAUUUAUAUUUUCCUUAUUAUUUGUUUAUAUUUUAUUUAUCUGUUAAGGCUAGUGGCAUUGUAAAACAAGGUAUUGCAGGCUCAGUUGGUAUGUUAAGUUGUUUAGUAGCGAGUACAAGUUGGAUACAACCCCCUGCCGUUACUAUAUCACCAGUUCGCAGUAAUGAAAAAUUGCCAACAAGUCCACCACAAGAUCCAAAUCAUUCUUCAGCAGUUUGUGCAACAGCAAGUAGUGAUGAUGAAAGCACUCCUUUAGUGUCAGAUAUGUCAUCGCCUCAAUCUGACCAUUUGCAAAUAAAUACUGAUCGGUAAAAUAUUAUAUCUAAUUUUAAAUAAUUGAAAGUAUUUUUUAUCAAUUUUUGUAUAGAUCAGACAAAGUUUAUACAUUUAAUGGUAUGUACUAUAAAGAAAACUCACAACAUUCAUUAACUUCUCAAUUAUCUUCAAAGAGUACGGAAUCUUUGCAAUUAAGAUCAGAAGGUGGUGGAUGUUCAUUUGAUGAAGAUAUGGAUAUUCUUCAGAAUAUUAAUAGUAUUCAAUCUGGCUCUAGGAGAGUAUCUUUUGACAGUGAUAUUAGUGUAUUGGUACACCCAUAUGACUGGAACGAUCCUGAAACUAUGGUAUAAAUCACAAAUUAAUAUAUUUUAAUUUGUGAUAUAAAAUAUAUACUGUUUAAAAACAAUAAUGUUAUUUUAUUCAGUAUAUAUUUGACUUUAUAUUUCAUUAUAAGCUCAUUUACAUUCUAAUUUAAAUUAGUUAUAGUUUAUUUUAAAUAUUACUACUCUACAUUAAAAUAUUAUAUUGUUAAUUUAUAAUAACAUAUAGUGUUCAUAUUUUUCUAAUGCCCAGUUAUUGAUUUUUUUUAAAAAAAAUUUUAAUUACUUGAAUAGCACAAUUCUACCAAGUUUUUUGACUAAUAAAUGUUUAUACAUAUAAAGCUAUUUUACUAAAGUAUCUAUUCACACUAUACAAAUUUGUAGUUUCAGUUACACAACUAUAACAUAUAAACUGCAAUGUAUUAUUAUUAUUACUUUUUUUGGUAUUUCUUUAAAAUAAAAAGAAUAACAUACUAUUCCAGUUACAGAAUACAUUUAAGAUAAAAUCUAACAAAUAUUAUUUGUAAUUUUGUACCAUAUAAUUUAAAAUUUAAAAAUAUUUAUAGACAAAUUAUUAUUUCAUAAUAUAAAAUCAAACUGAUUAUACCUCAGUAUAAAGCAUUACUAGAACUGUAUUCAUAUUUAGUCUUUAUUCUGAAUAUAAACUACUAUUGUUUUAUAAUUUAGUUACAUUAAAAUAAAAUAUUCUGUAAAUUACAUUUUAUUCAUAAAUUUAAAACUUUUUUUUACCUAAAUAUUUUAAAUGUUCACUUAAAAUAAUAAUUUAAUUAUAAUUUAGAAUGAUAUUUUUAAAAUUGAAAAUUAUAAAAAUUAGAAGAUUAUAAAUAAAUCAGCAGCAAUAAAAUCAAUUCUCUGUAUCCCAUAAACUAAGGACAAAAACAUAUUAUUUUGUUAAAUAUAGUGUAUGCCGCUUUUAAGACUCACUUUGGGACCAACAUAAAGUGAGUCUUGUAACCGAAUGAAUCUUAUAGGUAAAGUGAAAAGGAAGGAUGUUUAUAUUUGGAUAUGUUUUGACCAUUCCAAGUGAUAUUAAGUCUAAUUAGCGACUGAACCUUAUAUUCAUGAGUCUUAUAAGCGUUGUCCACUGUAUUAGGUAUUAUAAGAUGAACUGUUAUUGUUUUUAAAAUUGAUUUCUCAUUAAUACAUUUUGUUUUUUUUGUGUGCGUGUGUGUUAUAGUUUAAUUAGUAAUGUUAUAUAUUACAUUAAAAACUAAGAAUCAAUUACAAUAGUUUUAAUUGAUUUUAUAUAUUCUUUUUUCAUUCAAUAAAUAUGUUCUUAGCAAUGACUUUCAAACUUUACCAGUUUUCCUAUUAUUUUUCUCUAUUAGUAAAAUAACUAACGAAUAAAUAACAUUUUAGAUUUUAAUUAUUUUAAAAUAAUUUAAAACACUCAUAUAAAUAUUUAAAAUCACAUAAAAUAAUUAGUGUUGUAGCAUUUAUUAAUACAUAUCCAGUUUUAAAUCUUCACGAAUACUAUUAAUACAUGUUUACAUUACAUAAAUAUAAUAUGAUUUGUGUUCAUAAUUAUUUGAUAUUUGAUGCAUUGAUGAUAUGAAUCAUUGUAAUAUUAGUAUUACUAUUAUUUGUACUUUUCUUUUUAAAUUAAUAUAGAAGUAUAUUAUAGCAUUUUAGCAAUAAAUAUGUUUAAACAAAUUAUUCUGACUGUCUUAAUAUACUCUAGUUUAAGUAGACAAAAAAAUGUGCCUUUCAAAUAUAUUAAUUAAAUUAAAAUGUACAGUUCGUACAGUAUUUUAUUUUUUAUUUCAAUAGUCCAUACACAUGUGAAUCUCUGUUAUUUAUUAAUUUUAAUUUUAACUUUAUUUAUCUCAUUAAUUUUUGUUAAAAAUUGUAUAUUGUUCCUUUUUUUAGUGUCAUUUUAAAAUUAUCAAUAUUUUUACUUAAUUAUUACUCUAUUGUUUAAUUUAUUAUUGUAUUAUUUACCUACA